AUGAGUAAAGACACUAUUGCUGACAUAAUAACCGCUAUACGAAAUGCUGACAUGAAUAAAAAAAGAACAGUUCGAAUACCAUCUACUAACACCACUGAAAAUAUUGUUAAAAUCCUUUUACAAGAAGGUUUUAUUGAAAACGUGAGAAAACAUCAGGAAAGCAAUAAAUAUUUUUUGGUUUUAACACUACGACAUAGAAGAAAUAGAAAAGGAUCGUAUAGAACUGUUUUAAAUUUAAAACGGAUCAGUCGACCCGGUUUACGAAUAUAUUCUAACUAUCAAAAAAUUCCUAGAAUUUUAGGCGGAAUGGGGAUUGUAAUUCUUUCUACUUCUCGAGGUAUAAUGACAGACCGAAGGGCUCGAAUAGAAGGAAUCGGCGGAGAAAUUUUGUGUUAUAUAUGGUAA